AAUACACAAACACACUAGCAUGUCUGCGAGGCGGGGCCGCAGGGGGUGCGGGCUGCGUGGCCCACGCCGCGUGUCCACUCGGGCCACCGGGUGUGAGGCUGUGUCCCUGCGUGUCGCUGACACACACGCACACUGAUACCAGCCCUGCUUCGACGUGCGUGUCAUGGCUUAAAAAUAGAUGCUAAUCCAUCAGCCGGUCUGGCGCUGGCAGCCGAGGCGGCGGUGGCGGCAGAGUCAUGGCCGUGGGGCUGUCUGAGCCGGCGAUCUGCCUCCGGGACUGAGACCCGCGCCGCCUCCCGAGCUUCCCACAGGCGGCAGAAUCUGUUUCCAGGAAAGGUUGUUUGGGAACCAGAUGGUGGGGUCUUCAGGCCUGCGGAGGAAAAGUAGAUGACGGUGGUGAUGACGUUGAAGCUGAUAGCUGUGGUGGUGGUGACGGCUCUCGUGCUCUGUUUCUGUGCUCCUUCUGACCCGCCAGGGAAAACCACCUCUCUCCCUAAACACCCCAAGAUCCCAUCUCCCCUCACCAGUCCUGAUCCUAAGACCUCUGCUCCUUUUGCCCUCAGCAGCUACCUGGAGACUGACCCCUCAUCAGCCACCCCCGUGGCUGCCACGGUUCCUGCCGCCUCUAAGAUGUGCCCCGGCAACUGGCUCUGGGCCUCGGUGACAUUUAUGGCCCGCUUCUCCCGGAGUGGCUCGAGGUCUCCUGUUCGCACGAGAGGGGCCCUGGAAGAGAUACCAGCUGUCCAGCAUCCCUUCCUCAACGUCUUUGAGUUGGAGAGGCUUCUCUACACGGGCAAGACGGCCUGUAACCACGCCGACGAGGUCUGGCCAGGCCUCUACCUCGGAGACCAGGAAAUAGCCAACAACCACCGGGAGCUCCGUCGCCUGGGCAUCAGCCACGUCCUCAACGCCUCUCACAGCAGGUGGCGAGGGACACCCGAGGCCUACGUGGGGCUGGGCAUCCGCUACCUGGGUGUCGAGGCCCACGACUCGCCAGCCUUCGAUAUGAGCGUCCACUUCCAGGCGGCCGCCGACUUCAUCCACCGGGCACUGAGCCAGCCAGGAGGGAGGAUCCUGGUGCACUGUGCUGUGGGCGUGAGCCGCUCGGCCACUCUGGUGCUGGCCUACCUCAUGCUGUACCACAGCCUCACCCUCGUGGAGGCCAUCAAAAAAGUCAAGGACCACCGAGGCAUCAUCCCCAAUAGGGGCUUCUUGAGGCAGCUCCUGGCCCUGGACCGCAGGCUGCGGAAGCGACUGGAGGCGUGAGGGGGCAGAGGGAGGGAGGGAGGUCAGGCCAGGCCUGUGGGUCCCUGGAUCCCAGCUGGAGAGUGGAGGCCCAGGGGACAGGUUGGAGGCGGCCCAGCGAACCUGUUCUCUCCUGAGAGGGCUGGGACGUGGCCCCAGGCCACAGCUGCUGUCUAUCGAGGGGGGAUGGGGUGAGGCUGGGCAGCGUGACAGUCACCCAGGAGGGAGCUGGCCAGGGAAGGAGGCAGGUAGGCUACAGGUAGAAGACAGCCCUGGAUCCCAGCCAGGGGGGUCCCGGCGAUUCAUAGCCCCUCUUUGUGCUCAAGUGCUGCCCUUGUCCUCGUAUCAGAACAAAAGGACCAUCUCUGCCCCGUACCUCUGCCAGGAAUCAGGGAUGCGGCGAACACAAACGUGAUGGUGUCGAGUUGUGUGGAGGUGGUAGCUCAGGGACAGACGGUGAAGAGAGGGUGUGAAAAGCUAAGGGAGAAACCCACAGACUUGUUACUCCAAACCCGGGAAGAAGAGGCGUGGGAGGCUUGGCGCGGCACCCAUGGGUGCUGGUCGUGGCCCAGAACUGCAGAGGUGCAUGACUGGGAGCCUACAGAUAAUCCCUCGCUUACUGGAUCCAAGUGUCUCCAGGAAAAAUAAAAAUGGUGAAUACGAAGCAAGCCUCUUGAAUCACUGACAGCUUGUACGAGGUCGGAACCUGUCCCCUGAGAACAGUUCCUGACUCCCUCCUAGGGUCGUAAGCCCUCACCGGUCUUCACACCUCCACCAGUUCCUAGGGGAGGUUUCUCCGCAGUCCAAUUUUCACACUCCUGGGGCAAGGGGUAUCUUGAAUUUAUUUCCAUUUAUGUCCACACGGGGGAAGCAGAGGACCAAAAAAAUUCAGAUUUGCAAACUGUGUUAGGACUCAGAGCACACCCUGCAUCUCCCAAGCUUAAAAUAGGUCUCUUCACAAGCUCAGGUGUGUAAGAAAUAUAACUUAUUUUCAAAAAGUCAACCUGAUUUCUAUAUCAAGUCCCCCAUGCUAGGAGAAGAGCAGAAUAUUCAUCUUAAAUCAAUCCCAGCCCUAAAUCCCACAUUCAUGGGUUUGGGUUUUGCCUGGUACCAAGAAACUGGAGGGGAGGGGAGGAGAGGUGAUGUGAUCGCAUCCUCUUCUAAUCUUUCCAAGUUUUCCUCUGAGGAGUGUAACAUAAUCUCCUUAGUAAAUUUAGUAAAAAAAUAAACUCAGCCACCAGAGAGAAUAGUAUGAUCUUACAUCCCAACUGUCAAACAGCCAGCCACCACACCCCUCUUUUUGAAAAGGGUGGGUUGGACUUCCCUGGCGGUCCAGUAGUUAAGACUCCCCACCUCCACUGCAGGGGGCACGGGUUCUAACCCCGCCCGGGAACUAAGAUCCUGCAUGUCGCGCAGUGCAGCCAAAUAAAUAAAAUAAAAUAAAUAAAACAAAAGAAGUAUGUUCCCAGAACAGAAUAUCCGCAUGAGUGGGAGAAGGGGAUGGGAUGUAAGAGGAAGUGAAAAAUACAGGGGGAAAAAAAUCACUUAAUAUAUGUAAAGUGUAUAUUCUACCCCAAAGUACAGAAACUCAGAAUCUCAAAGCCAGAAGUCACCUUCACAGAUUAACGAUUUCCACUCUCCAACAGGACAUAAAUAAAUCGCCUUUUCAAUA